UUAAAACAUAUUGCGAGAGUUUGUGCAUGAGGACUUCUAGAAGAGAACCACAAGGCUCAGUAGUAACACGUCCCCAGAAGAAACACGUGAUGGUUGCUUUAUCAGGCUUGGGAGGGAGAUGUCAUAGGAGGAGGGGGUAUGGGAAACUGGUAAUAAAAGAGCACCACAAGUCUUUUUACGAUACGUUUUAAGUCCUGGUAGCAACCUUUAUCACUUGGUCCUACAACUUUCAACAAAGUCUUAACGAGAUGCUGGGAGUUGCAGUCCCAAGGUUGUUUGUCUCUGCUGCCCCAACCUGCUCUACCUGCCGGUGCAGCCCCCCUUCCUCCAGAAUAUUUGAGAGAGGUCAGUGCAUUUUUAGCCCCUUGCUUCACUAAAGGAGCAAUUGUGGCAGCAGAAGGAGAGAUAACACGAGCUGUAGCAGGCUGAACUUUGCACAUCCCCAGCGCAUUCCUGCCUUUACACAACUCAGCAACAUCCCCGCCCUUCCCAGCCUCACCUGCUCGGGCGCCUCCAAACUCCAACUCAGGAGGAGGGGAGGUGCGAGCGCAUUGCCUUCCCACUGUAUCCCGCAGCCCCAUCAUUCUGGGACCACAGGCUCCCCUCCCUCCUGCGCACUUGGACGGGACAUUUUUUGUUCUAUUUUGUGCUUCGUCCCGACCUUUAUAGCUGUGACAUUUUACACACAAGCUGCAGUAGGGAAGGACCGUACUAGUAGUGGUGAGGGGAGGAUGACAUGAAGGGCGUCCAUCUUGCGCACACGGUUUAAUAAUUUGCUUCCCGGUAACUUUUGUUAAAGGGGAAACACACCCUAGACACAGGGGCUACUCAUGACUUUCUUAUCAAAACAUAUGGGCAGCAGAGAUAGCUUUUCUUCACAUGCUUAUCUGCAUAUGGUUAAGGUAUAGCGUUUCAUCCUCUGUUGAGGUAAAACAAACUCUCCUCCCCAGACUCCAAUGCAACACCGCCCCCACUGGGCGAAUUCUCAUGUAAAUGAGCGAAGGCUUUCUCUUUAAGCAUCCCUCAGACUUUCGAGCGCCCUCGUUUCAGCGAGGAGGGCUGCGUGCUACAUAUAUCAGUAUCUGCUCAGCAAACUUCCUCCUUCAGCAGGAUUCUCGGAGAGCACCUACUACUACCAGCAACUCGAUUCAGAAGCUGUGAUGAAGGAGUCUUUUUUAAGAAACCUAACGUGACCCCCUCGGCUGACUGGGACAGAAAGCUGGCUUUCACCGAUGGAAAACCAGGCAGCUGUGUACUGGUGCCCCUCUGGUGGAGGUAUUGAAGGGAUGUUGCCAGCAAACUUUUCGACAGGGUCCUGUCAGUUCCAACCUUUUCAGCAGCCAGGGAGCAGCCUAGUAGUUGAAGUGCUAGAUAGAGCUAUGGUUAAUGCUAAAGUCUGUGUCCCCAACAUUGCAGAGAAGACUGGAAAACAAGAAAUGAAAACCAUUCCAGAACCAUCAGCUGCCAAUGCAGAGAAAGAGAAUGCAUUUGAAAAAGACCAGCUCAAGGCAGUUAACUUAAUGAAUGGAGCAGAAGUCAGUGACCUAUCCUCUGUUAACGCAAUGAUGUCUACUGUAAUGAGUGCCACCAGCAUAGCUGAAAAUGGUGGGAGCUUGCAGAACACUAAAUCCCCAGCGAAAUCUCCAGCUCCAAACAGGAUUGGCCGAAGGAAUCAGGAAUCAAAAGAGGAAAAAUCAUCUUAUAUCUGUCCCUUGUGUGAAAAGGUCUGCAAUUCUCAGCAUCAACUUACAAUGCAUAUCCGCCAGCAUAAUACUGACACAGGAGGGACUGACCAUAGCUGCAGUAUCUGCGGAAAGUCUCUGAGUUCGGCUAGCUCACUAGAUCGCCAUAUGCUUGUCCACUCUGGAGAGAGGCCCUACAAAUGUAGUAUGUGUGGGCAGUCCUUUACUACCAAUGGGAAUAUGCACAGGCAUAUGAAGAUACACGAGAAGGACCCAAAUGUUGCAGUUACUACAAGUCCACCAUCACCCCAAAAGCGAAGGAGAUUGACAGCAAAAAGGAAGUUAAGUCCUGAAGUGGAAGCAGAAAAAGAAGAAACACCAUCAGCAAAAAAGGUUGUUGAAGAGAUUCAAGCUGUGGAGCCACUAAAGAAGACAGAAGAUAUUGUUCACUGCCCUGUGUGUGCUAAAGAAUUUCCAUGCAAAUCAGAUCUGGAUAGUCACAUGGAACUGCAUCCUGAAGCCUCUCUUAAGUGUGACAUUUGUUGCAUUUCAUUCCGUACCCAUCGGGGUAUGCUGCGCCACAAUGCUGUAAUCCACAAGAUGCUCCCAAAAGAUGCUUCUGGAAAACCUUUUAUUCAGAGUAACCCUAACAUCCCUGCUGGAUUUAAUGAUUUAAGUUUCACUGACUUUUCCUGCAGGAAGUUUCCUAUCAUUUCUCAGGUCUGGUGCGAGACAAAUUUAAGAAGAUGCAUCAGUGAUUUACAUCGCUUCAUCUGUGAAACUUGCAAUAAAGCAUUUCCAAUGAUCUCUGCUUUGAAACUGCACAUGGAAACUCACGAAAAAGGGCAACGUGACAGUAAGCAUAAGAAUGAAUAUACAACUGCAGUAGCUCAAGAACAGAAAGCAUAUAUGGCAGCCCUGGGCCUUCAGCACACCAAAGAUGUCAAACCUGCUAGCCAGGAAGACAGCAUGCCAGACUGUUUUGAGGCAAUGCGACGAGAAGCUUUGAAGAGUAACCUUUCUCAGGAUAUUGGUAGUGUAAGCUUACUUAGCAUGUCAACUUUAGAAGCGCCCUCUGUGUGUGGCUCAUUCUCCAUUCUUCCACCAAUGAAAGAGAAUGUGAAGCUGCUUUCCCUUCAGCCUUUUCAAAAGGGCUUUACCAUACAGCCUGACAACAGUAUUGUUGUAAAACCCAUCUCUGGGGAGCUUGCUGAUAUUCAGCAGAUAUUAAAGAUGGCAGCCUCAGCUCCCCCGCAAAUUAGUUUCCCACCUCUGGCUAAAACUUCCCCUGGCAGCACUCAGCCUCAAGCCUUCAAGCACAUGCCUCUACUGAAGCCAAAGCCACUGGUGGCACCUCGUACAGUUGUUGCUGCCUCUACGCCACCCCCACUCAUCAGCACUCAGCAGGCAUCUCCAGGCUCUAUCAGCCCAAGCCUACCUCCACCACAACUGAGAAAUAAGAACACAGUGGAGUCUCCUACAAGCGCCAUAUUUUUGCAGUCAAGAUCUGAAGCCAAUAACAGCUAUUCAACUCAGAAUUUACAAUUACCAAACACUGAUGCUUUGAGUCAGCAUGAAAUAAAAACUCAACUUGAACAGGACAGUAUUAUAGAAGCAUUCAUGCCCUUGGAUUUGGACUCCAAAAUAAAGCAAGAAGUAACUGAAGGUGAUCUGAAAGCAAUUAUUUCGAACAACAAAAAAACAACUCAAGCAAAAAAGGUUUUCUAUCCUUGUCGGUUUUGUGAUCAGGUAUUUACAUUCUCAGGUCUUUUAAGGGCUCAUAUUCGCACUCACUUGGGGAUCUCGCCAUACCAGUGUAAUAUCUGUGACUAUAUUGCAGCUGACAAAGCAGCAUUAAUUCGUCACUUGCGUACACAUAGUGGAGAAAGGCCAUAUGUAUGUAAGAUUUGCCAGUAUCCUUUUACUGUCAAAGCCAACUGUGAGAGGCACCUUCGUAAGAAACACCUUAAAGUCACCAGAAAAGACAUUGAAAAAAAUAUUGAUUAUAUAUCUACAAACACAGCUGAAAUGGUGGAUGCACUCUGUUCGCCAGAUACUGUUUGCAAAUGCUGUGGUGAGGACUUGAAAAACUAUCGUGCCCUUCAUAUACACAUGAGGACCCACAAAAAUUUUCAAAAAAAGAAGCCAUUUGAGUGCAAGGAGUGUGGAACUGCCUUUUCUGCUAAAAGAAACUGCAUACACCACAUACUUAAACAACACCAGAAUGUGCAAGAGAAAGAAAUUGAGAGUCAUAUUUUAACUGUGACGUGUAGUCCUAAGCAUAUUCGAUCAGGCACCCCAGUUAUGGGAGAUAGCACUUACCUAGAUCGGAAGCCUACAGCAUACUUGGUGUCCCAUAACGGCUUUCUUCAUGGAGGGAUGACAAAUUUUCCAUUAAAACUUGAACCUAAUACCAGCUAUCCUAUAGAUCUUGAUGAGCCCUUAGAUUUUUCACAAAAGAAUAAGAUUUCUAGUGUUCCCCCAAUCAAGCAGGAACAAAUCUACAGUCCCCCUGCAGCCUCAUAUGAGGACAUUAUGGAGCCCAUUGAUCUUUCCAUCCCUAAACAAGCUAAACAGGACAAAGAGGAUUCUCAGAUUCAACCAAAAACAACAGUGACUCCGCCUGGGUCUGUUGGACCAUUAUACAACUGCCAACCAUGCCCUGUUCCCUUAAGUGCCAAUGAAAACCCAGACAAAGCUACAGCUGUCAUACAUUCCAAAUCAGUAAAAACCCCUUUGCAAUUGACAGUCCCUAUCAUUUCGCCUGCUGUUCUUGGUAGUGCAACGGUUUUGCGCCCCUUGAGGCCUAAACCACCACCUCUCUUGCCAAAGCCUCCAGUCUCUAAAGAACUUCCUCCCCUGGCAUCCAUUGCACAAAUAAUUUCAUCAGUAUCAUCUGCAUCUGCUUUGUUGAAGACUGAAAUUACAAAUCCAGCUUCUCAGGUGAAUGCCAAUAGUUUAUCAGCCACUGACAAAUCUGGGUCUUCCAAGUCCGUAAUGACAAUCCCAAACAAAGAACUUGCUGCUUCUUGUAAUGCUUCCCAACCUGCUGCAACCCCAAGUACUUCAAACAGCAAUGAUGCUCUGGUCAUAGGAGCAAAAAAACGAGGUAGAAAAAAAGGAACAAAAAACAAGCCGAAAACAGCUCCUGGUCUAGAUCUUGAAUCUAGUGGGGAAUUUGCAAGUAUUGAAAAAAUGCUAGCCACUACAGACACUAAUAAGUUUAGCCCUUACCUUCAGUCUACUGAGGACCUCAAAAAUAGCAUAGACCGAAAUGGAACCAGUGAGGAAGACAGAGACAGCGGUGAAGAUAAAAGAGGAAAAAGAAAUUCCUAUUCCAAUUCCCUACAGAAAAUCACCUGUCCCUAUUGUCCUCGAGUUUUUCCCUGGGCCAGCUCUCUGCAAAGGCAUAUGCUCACUCACACAGGUCAGAAGCCCUUCCCAUGUGCAAAAUGCGAUGCCUUCUUUUCUACCAAAUCUAACUGUGAACGCCAUCUUUUACGUAAGCAUGGAGUUGCCAACCUGUCCUUGCGAAGAAACGGUCUAAUUUCCCCGUCUAAAGAAAGUGAUGUUGGAUCUCAUGAUAGCACAGAUAGCCAAUCGGAUGCAGAGCUGUCCUCUCCUGAGCUUGAUGCACUGGACCUGACGUCAGUGGACAAGGAUAAAAAAAACGAAAUGAAUCAAACUCAAGAAGGCAAUCUUGCAUUACAGAACUCACAAAUGGAAGAUGAGCUGCCAGAUAACAAGAAAGAAACCAAAGUGGAACCAGAUGAAUACAAGGCACAAUUAGAAGAUGAUGUUGUAAGCAACAAAAGUCUUGAUCUUAAUUUAGCAAGUAAACUAAUGGACUUUAAACUAUCUGCAAGUGAGCAGACUGCCAGCAGCAAUGGCAACUUCUGUGAUGUUUGUGGUAAAAACUUUAAGUUUGCUGCUACUUUGGGCAGACACAAAAAGGCCCAUUCAUGUGAAAACAAGGGAGCAGGGGACAGCAAUGGAGAUGACAAUGAUGCGUCUGCCUGUAAUUCUUCUAAUAGUAUCACCAUUGCAGAAGUUGGGGAUAUGGAAGAAGCGCACCCAAUUGAUCUAAAGGUAUCACAAUCUCCCAUGGAGAUUGAAUUGGACUCAAAAAGUAAGGGGGAAGGAGAUGCUGUCUCAGCUGAAGAAUGCAUAGAAAGUAAACUUUCAGAAAAAAGUGAUGAUGAAAAGGAAUCCAAAGCUAAUGAAACAAAGGCAUCUUCAAAAGCUGAUAAACGGAAAAAAAUAUGCACUGUUUGCAGCAAACGCUUCUGGUCCUUGCAGGAUCUAACAAGACACAUGAGAUCCCAUACAGGUGAAAGGCCAUAUAAAUGUCAGACCUGCGAACGCACUUUCACUCUGAAGCACAGCCUGGUUCGCCAUCAGCGUAUACACCAGAAAAUUAAAGAUGUCAAGGGCCCAGGGAAAGACUAUGACAAAGAGGAGAGUCAGUCAAGGUGCGAAGAAGAAAGCGACGCAGACUCCAUACAAAGCAGCACACAUCAUACAUCUGAGAACGAAUGUGAUACACCAGCUAGUCUUAACCCAAACUUGCCAGAAGCAAAAAGAUCCUCCUAAGAGAUAUGUAUGUAUGAGGAAUUGUGCUAAAGAAAUAACACUUCUGGGGGCAACAUCCCUAAAUCAUCUUCAUUGUAGAUUGUAUUAAGGACAUGGAAAGUCAAGCACACCACCUGCAAAAACUUCUUUCUAAUAUUUUUACCACCCCAGAAUGUGCCCGGCCCAGUAUGGGAACUACUUGAGCCAGUGAUGUGGGAAACAUCCCUUAAUACCUAGUUAGAAUGAUACUGCAUUAUUUUUGAAGCAAUAUUUUUUACAGCAAAGAGAGUAUGGCAAGCCAUAACAAGUGCCAUAACCUUUCAGCUACAUGCAAAUAACUGUAUACUGAUUCUGAGUGCCUUACUACUUUAUUACAUCUAUUGGUAUCAAAUGUAUUUUUCAGUUUUCAAAUAUAUAUAUAUAUAUUUUUUUUUUUUACUGAAAGAAUAUUACUUUAAAGAAAUAUACAAAGAGGACUGUUUCAAGCACAGCAUUAUGAUGAAAUUGUAUUUGUGUGACAGAGCUUGCCCUUGUAGAACACUGUCCUUCCUGUGGUGGACACAUGAGGAAAUCAUUCAGUGCUAUGGCAAAUAACUGGAAGAAUUGAACGAGUAUUAAUGUACACACAAGGAGGCUUCAUAGUGAGCCUCUUAGAAUUUCCCCUCACCACCACUAUUUCUCCUCUCAACCCCUCUUCUCCUGAAUUCCCAGCUCAUUUUAGCAAUGCAGGAAUAAACUAUGAGAAGAUGUCAUGUUUCAUACACGCUGGAUACAAAUACAUAAAAAUUGGCAUGUGCCGUAAAACCAGGAAAAUUGCAAUAGCUUUCACCUAUGCUACUUGAUUCCACUCACACGUUUCCUGAAUGGUGUUAUUAUUCAGUCAUUGUUCUACCUCCAACGGAGCACAGUGGAUUCAACAGGAACAUUCUAUCGAGUGGACAUAAACUCUUCCCCCUUGCCUACAUACUGAUUCUGUUUGCUUGAAUUCAACAGCUUACUAGUCUCUGCAUUUUGCAGAACUGUUUGGGCAAUAUUUGCCCUUCAAAACUUUUUGAAUCUCGGUAUUAAUAUAUAUGUAUAAAAAAAAAAAUUUCAAGCCCCGGAUUCUAUCAUUUGCAAGUUUUUGCAUUACAUCAUUCCUACCUUAUUGUUAUCAACCCAAGUCACAGUGAAAGCCAAUGCCUGUGUGUGAUAGGCUCAAAUCAGAUUCUUCUGUGUCCUACCAUUGAAAAUCUUGUUAUGGUCAUGGUGGCUGCCUGAUGACAUUUGAGAACAAGCAAAGAGUUCUGUCUUCCAAUAUCAGUAAUCAUGCCUUACCUUUACCUUGCCCCUUUAUGCAUUUGGGCAAGAAUGUCAUACUACUGGUAAAACUAGAAAUUAAAUGUAUAGAGAGAGACUUUGCUCAUGGGGAAUAUUUGGGUUGGUGCUUAAGAUGAGUCUAUAAAAUGAUGUGUACAUAUGUGUGUGUUGAGGUAUUUAUAUGUGUAUAUAUAUAUAUAUGUGUAGUACCUGCAUAUAUAUCUACACACAUAGAUACACAAGUGUGUGCGAAUUAUUUGUUAUUAAGAUUAAAUGGACUCUACUGUAGCUAUGCAAUUGCUCUUCUCAGUUUGUAUCAAGCUCUCAAGAAUGACAUUUGUUGGACCCUGGGGUCCUAGCACUGCAUUUUAGUUAUCCCAUUUGUCCAAAGUAUUUAAUUACACUGUGCUGUUCAGCCUUACUGUUUUGGUUUUUUUGUCUCUCUAGUCUUGCAAUGCAAUCAAAGGGCCAUGCCUUGUUAUUUAUUGCACUGGCUUUGCCCAUGUUGAAAGUUAUACUGGGCUGCAUUGCUGCAAUUGGCAAAUAUUAAUUAAUUGCAUAAUAUUAUCAAGAGGUAAUAGGCAAAGGCCUGUAUAAUAAACUUUUUUCCCCUGCUAGGAAUACAGACUAUUGUCUUUAAAUACAACACUCUCCUCAUGCUGAGGAUGAUGUCUAAGUAGCCUAGAGAAACAGAAGGCCCUACCGAGACAUUCUACAUGGCCACCACCACUGAGCGGCAUCCAGCAUUUGCACAAUGCUGCAUUUAUAAAUGCACUAGAGGGAGUAUGUAUUUAACUCCAGUGCUGGAUGAAUUAGUCCGGUAACAUCAGCCUGUAUCUUGCUCGGCAACAGCUGUAUUUAAAGAUUUCUUAUAGAGUGAAUCUUGACAUGAAAAACAUGGCUGCAGUGGGAUAUAUUUAACACCUUAUCCAACUUGGCACAGGCCAAUCAAGCAAUGGAAAGGUCAAAAUUUGAGAGAGAGAAUUAGGUAAAGCACGCAUGCUGUGUACUUGUUGACAAUCAAAUGCUGAAGACGGCACUGUAGCAGCUAGCAAACCUUUGAGGUUUAGAAUAACAGAGUUUUAUGUAGAUGAAAACUAAUAUAUUACUGAAUACAAUGAGCAAUAAGUGCAAAUAUAUUGCCCCAAAAGGCUAUUUCAGGUGAAAACACAAAGCAGAUUGAACCAAUGAUUCCUUAUUUUCUACUUCAAGUGUUCUUAUCAAUCACAUUUGCAGGCAUCCCUGGGUUUUAGCAAGUCUUUUUUUUAAAAAAUUUUUAUACAACCUGUGCUAUACGGAGCACGUUAUGUAGCCUGCGCAGCCGUGGGACACACAUUAGCAAUCUCCAGGAAAAGCUUUAUUUAAAUGUAGAUGGACCCAGAAAUAUAAGGUUCUCUUUUUUUUUUUUUUUUUUUAUGAACAUUUCUACACAAGCGAGUGUGACAGAGAGGUGAUAAUGUUCCUGGCCAUCUCUGCCCCUUUCCAAUAUUAAGCUGUGAAAUGUAUUCUGUGUUUAAACUCUGGAUGAAUCUUAGUUUUAGCUUGCAUGUUCAGCCAAUAUUUUUUUUCCCUUUUUUUAUUUUACUUUUUUUUCUGUUUUCCUCUCAGGGCUUUUGCAAAAAUGAAUCUUAUGAAUAAUUUUAUUUUGUCACUUCUGUGUUUCAAAUCAGCUGCAAGAGACAUGUAAAACUGAGCUAAAUGAAUCACUACAAAUAAGCACUUGACUGUGAAUGCUGAUGUGUCACACUGGCAACCCUCCCGCUGGCUGAAUUACAGCUACUGUACCCCAUCCACCAGCUUUCAGAUACUGAGGGGUGCUGAGAGCUGUAGAGCACAACAGCAGGAGGUCUGCCCUUCUGACAUACCCGCAGUAAGGGCCCGCCUAUGUCUGUCUAAGUUUAGAUAGAUGAGGCCUACACAACAGUCGCAAUUCCACUUCCACAAUGAUUUUUAUUUUGUUUCCUUUCUGUAUCUCUGCAGUGGAUAUUACUCUCGGUGAUUACAGCCAAUUUCUCCAGCAGGAAAUAAUAUGAAAUAGGUAGAAGCUCCUAUUUUUCUAAAGGGAACGUAAACUGCUGCUAUGCGUUAAGUACAAGACUGGUCUAUGCCACAUGAACAGAGAAUCACAUUGUAUUGGUACUUGUAUUUCUCCUUUUUAUUCACUUGUACAGUACUUCCAAAUUCAAAAUGAAAGCUGUUCUGUAUCAAACAAUCUAAGCAAUAAAAUGUUAUAUUUAAAAUUGA